AUACAGCUUCCCCCACGGCCACCGAGGGUAGUCGAUUUAGAGAAAUAUGAGAAUGUGGUGCCAGUCGUGCCGAGAAGAGUACAAGGAGAAGGACGCUGGAACCUGCAAGGAAUGCUACGAGGAGGCGAGCGAGACAGAGGAAGAGCUGAAGCGCGAAAUCGAAGACCUAAAAGCAAAGGUUGCCUUCCUCCGCCUCUCCCCGCCUGUCGACUCCCACUUCGCCAACUCCAAUGCCGAUCUGCUGCUCCACGGCGUGUCCGAAUCACAAGACGGAGCUAACGCCGCCCUCACCCCCGCCGUCCCCGCCCACCGUGCCGUCCUC